CACCUGGAAGGUUUCAUGCAACGGUGGAGGGAAAGAGCUCGGCGACUUCUGAAGAGAUCCUUCCGUCUCAUUUUCUUGCGUCGACCGGAGAAACAACACCAAGCCGCCAUGGAUUCAUGGAUUGAGUAGAAACGACUCUCUCUCUCUCUCUCUCUCACUCUCUCUUUCUCAACAAAUAUAGCUUAAUAAGCCACCUCCUCUUCUAUAUAUACAAGCGAACUCAUCAUGAAAUGGGAACACCACCAUAUCUCUAAAAUCAUCAAGCACCCAUCACAUAUCCCACAUUCUGUUUGUUACAAGAUCAGAAAAAGAAAAAAAAAAAAAUCACGUUGGCUGCGUGAGAGAGAGAGAGAGAGAGAGAGAGAGAGAGAGAGAGAGAGGCAUGGGUUUCCAAAGACAGUUAGUUCCAAUCAUCAUGCUAUGGUUUUGUUAUUCUUCCUGUUAUUGCAACUUGCUAGAGGACCCACUCUCAGCUUUCAAUCACGGGGAGGGGCCCUAUGACUAUUUCGACAAAAUCAACAAAUUGGGCCAAAUGUCAACUACCAUCCGUUUCGGACGGUCGAUCUUGAGUUCCUUGAAGUUUGAUCACAUGGCUAGUCCUAAAUCUUCAGCCACCGUAGUAAAUGUGAAUGAUUUUGGAGCCAAGGCUGAUGGAACAGAUGACACAAAGGCAUUUGAGAAGGCCUGGACCAAGGCUUGCUCAUCAGCUCCUUCUGUUCUUGUGGUGCCCGCAAACAAGAACUACCUUCUCAAACCAAUCACCUUUUCAGGCCCUUGCAGAUCUUCCAUUACAGUGCUGAUCCUUGGAACCAUUGAAGCUCCUUCCCAUCCAUCGGCUUGGGACGGAUUAGACCAAAAGCAUUGGCUUAGUUUUCAGAAUGUUCAAAAUCUUAAAGUUCAAGGUGGUGGGACCAUUAAUGGAAAUGGAGAGGUGUGGUGGAAGAACUCUUGUAAAAUCAACAAAGCUCUUCCUUGCAAAGACGCGCCAACGGCCUUAACCUUUUAUUCAUGCAACAACUUGAUAGUGAAUGACCUGAAGAUCAAAGACAGCCAACAAAUACAAGUUUCUUUUGAGAGAUGUGUCAAUGUACUUGCUUUCAAUCUCAUGAUAACUGCACCAGAGACAAGCCCUAACACCGACGGCAUUCACAUCACAAAGACCCAAAAUAUUCAGAUCAUGAAUUCUGUCAUCAGAACUGGUGAUGAUUGCAUCUCAAUUGAAAGUGAGUCUCACGUUGUCAAAGUUAUGAAUAUAACCUGUGGGCCAGGCCAUGGGAUCAGUAUCGGCAGUUUAGGAGAUAAAAAGUCAGAAGCCCACGUAUCACAAGUGAUAGUGGAUGGAGCCACCUUGUUCGGAACAACCAAUGGAGUCAGGAUCAAAACCUGGCAGGGAGGAUCUGGAAGUGCAACCAACAUCACAUUCCAAAACAUUGCAAUGCACAAUGUCAGAAGCCCCAUCAUCAUAGACCAAAACUACUGUGACUCCAAGUACACUUGCCCAGAAAAGGGAUCGGCUGUGCAAGUGAGUGAUGUGGUCUACAAGAAUAUCACAGGAACAAGUGCCUCAAAUGAGGCCAUGACAUUUGAUUGUAGCCAGAGCUCUCCAUGCAAUGGAAUAGUGUUACAAGGCAUUAAUCUUGUAGGAGAUGCGGGGAAAAUAACAAGCAGAUCAUGCAAGAAUGUUAGGGGGUCCACCAUUGGGAAGGUUGUCCCACCUUCUUGCUUCUAGAAGAGAUAAGAAUACAUUUGUUAUGUGGGAAAUGAACUGUUUGCACACAUAUCUCCAACCUUCCAAAGAUAGCCAUGGAUCUGAACUGGCAUUUAAAAAUGGAAACUUGAAACUCCCAUUCUGAAAUGCAUUUAGGGAUUCCUGCUAACCAUCUUUGGAUGGCGGGGACGUGCGCAUGCUAGCUUCCCCAUUGCACACGUAGGGUCCUUGUGUGCACAUUGGUUAUGGGGUGGUGUGAUUUUGUUUAUUUUAUUUUAUUUUGGAAGAUGAUAGAAAUGUGUAAAAACAAAUGAUGGAAGAUGGUUUCUCAUUAUUCUUUGUAGAAAGUGAUGGAAAAUUAUUCUUUAUUUUAUUGUUCAUGGAUUUGAAAUAAACUUGUUCUGUGUACUAUUCUUUUAUUCAAAUAAAGGGUCUUAUUUGUUGUUA